AUGUCUUUUGAUUUUAACGAUUCCCGGAAGCACACUUUGCAGUAAGUUUUCUACUCGAUUUUGGCGCGAAAAAAUCAAUUUUUGAAAUCUUCAGAAGUGUUGAAAUCGAAGAUUACGGGGAUGAUGUUUCGAUAAAUGAUCGUGCUCAACAAUCGCAAUGGGGAACUAUUAUUUUCAAAGUUUGUGUUGGUCUGAUUUUCAUCGGAUUUGCUACUGGAUGUAUUAUUUAUUCGAUUAUUACCUGUGAGUUUUUGAAAAAAAACUGGAUUUGGGGUAAAAAAUAUAAGUAAUGUUAGUUGAAAAAUGAUCAGAAAAUUUAGAAAAAUUAAAAAUACACAGUAUUUUUGAAACAGUGAAUUUUUUACACUAACAAUAAAAUAAUCUCGGGAUUUCUGUGUUUUUGAGCCGAAAUUUGCCACGUGGAUUUUUUCUGGCGCGAAAACUUGAAAUUUGAAAUUCUAUCUCCACAAAUUCAUGUUUGAAGUUCAUUUUUCCUAAUUCAAGAUGAAACGAACAAUUUUCGAAUCAGUAAAAAGUUCAUUUAACAUUUUUGAAACAGUACAUUUUUUAGAUUAUUAGUAUUUUUUUAGAUUCAAAACUACGAGUGGAUAGAACAAUUUUUAGAGACACCAAAAAAUUCACAUAAAAUGUUUUUGAAACAGUGAAAUUUUUUAAAUUAAAAUUUUUGCAGCUUCGGAAUACCAAAACCCAACCACAACAAAUGCCUCAAACUACUAUCCCUACGAUAUUUCGCAACAUUGUAACGAGGGAAAAUUGACAUGGACAAAUCGAACCGGAAGUGAAAAUGACUACUAUGUGAGUUUUUCUGGUAAUUUCAGACUGAAAAUCUGAGAUUUUCAGACAAUUUCAGUCGGUAUUGCUUGGAUUCAAGACGCUCAACGACAUCGAAUUUAUCAUCGAAUCGGAAUUGAGGAAAAUGACGAGGAUUGGGAGGAUACUUAUUAUAUUUUCAGUAAUCACACUUUUGUGGUUAGUAAACAUGGAUGUAAUCGAUUGACAACUGGAUAUUAUGAUUUUUUGAAAGGGUGAGAUUUUGUAGGGAAAACUCUUGAAAGGAAGGAAUUUAGUUACUUAUUCUUGUGAAAAUAUGGGGAAUUUCUGAAACAGUAAAUUUUUAGUCACCAAAAUUUCCCGAGUUUUCCAGUCUCGGUCUCCAAAACAUUCGAAAACUUCGCGUCGAAUCGUUCAAAAUCGACGAGGAAUACAUCAAAGUCAACUACUACGAAGGCGAACCGCCACGUGGCACAAUAAUUGAUGGCAUUUCGCCGGCGAUAAUUCGCGGAUAUUCGGCAACAGAUCAAAGCGUGGAUUACGGUUGGGAAUAUUAUUUCGCGCAGAAUAACGAGACGAUGGGAUUGUUCAAGAAGGAAUAUUGGUUUGGAGAGAUGAAGGCCGGACAGACGGAUUAUGCGGUUUUUGAGAAUAUUCCCGAUGCUUGUUAUGCUCAUGCGGAAAAAUGA